AAUGUCAAAAAAAAAAAAAAAAGAAAUUGUCAAUUUGAAAAAUAUGAAGUCAUUGACUUUAGGAAAUGAAGACUUAAUGAGAUAGAGUGAAAGAUGAGGUGGACGGUGAGGAUGAUUGUGAAGUGAAAGAGAGAAUAUUAGAAAGUCUCUUCUCUUCUCUUCAUACAAAACCCUCAUUUCCUUCCUUCAUCAGCCGACUGUGACGGCUUAACUUUUUUCAGAUCUCCUCUCUUCCCAAAUCCUUUCAUUUCAUUCUCAAGGCUUCUUGUAAUGGCAGAAUCAAAAACAAGUUUGAGGAAACCAGUCUUUACCAAGGUUGAGCAGCUGCGGCCUGGGACCAGUGGGCACACUCUCACAGUAAAGGUUGUCAGUACUAAAAUGGUUUUGCAGAAGGGCCGUGCCGAUGGUCCCCAGGUUCGUCAAAUGAGAAUUGCUGAAUGCUUGGUUGGGGAUGAGACUGGAAUGAUUAUUUUCACAGCUAGAAAUGACCAAGUGGACCUGAUGAAAGAGGGUUCAACCGUUAUCUUUCGGAAUGCUAAAAUCGACAUGUUCAAAGGAUCAAUGAGGCUAGCUGUGGACAAGUGGGGCCGUGUCGAAGUCACUGAACCUGCAGAAUUCAACGUGAAAGAAGACAACAACCUUUCUCUGAUCGAGUACGAACUUGUGAACGUUGUUGAAGAGUGAUUUUCAAGGAUGGUGCUCCCUCUACAUUUUGGCCCAAGAAAAUAAUAAUAAAAAAAAAAUCGAAACCCAGCAAAGAAACAAAAAAAAGAAGUACGGUUCUCUACGGGGCAUCUUUUCGCCAAUCAAUCUCAUGAAAGUUUUACUAGUAGGAAGAAGAAAUCUUGAAGCUUAGUUACUACCCUCGAGUUGCAUUUCACCUUGAGCAAAAGAAAAAAAAAAUGGGUGCAAUCGUUGGUUGGUUAUAUGGUAAGUUUGAUAUGAAGGGAGCUGGCUUUUUGGAUUUGGCUGUCUGUUUACAAUUAGCUAUUUAUUUUUCGAAGAAUACAUAUAAGAUAAACACUAUGAAGCCACCAUUGUCUCUUCUGCAUAACUGGAAUGUGAUUUCUCCUACUUAAUAUCUUGAAUGCUAAUAUGCCCUUUUGCUAUUUUCACUUAA